AUUGCAUGUUGAGUAGCCUUUGUUAAAAGAAUUAUUAACUUUAUCGUGAAAUUUUUUAUCAAAUUUUAAUAUGAAUAUCAAACGCAUACCCUCACAUAUCAUCAUUUUGAUCUAUUUUUUCAGAUUUAUAUUCAAAUUCAGAAACACAAAACAAAAAAACAGAGAGAACCAAAAACUGAGAUCUGCUCACAAUACAGUUCGAUUUCCAUAGUUACAAUCAUCACUAUCAUAAUUUUCUCCAUGUUUAGUUCUUUGAACACAGUAGAAAUGCCUAUGGUUCCAAGAUUCAUUCAAACACAAAAUCGUCUCAAAGAUCUUCUCUUAAUCUUCUCCACACUUGUUAUCUUCUACCUCAUCUUCCUUCUUCAUCACAUCCAUACCCCCAAAACUUCCUUCAAUCCAAAUCCCAAUUUCUCCAAAACCCUUUCAAUUUCCACUAAUCUAUCAAUCUCACACCUCUUCUUCUCAAUUGCCGCUUCUUCUUCCUCUUUCUCUAACCGUCUCUCUUACAUUAACCUCUGGUACAAACCCAAUUCCACAAAUGCUGUCGUUUUCCUUGACGACCCGAUUUCCAUUUCUACCCUCUCUGUUUCAUCUCCCCCAAUUCUUGUUUCAUCGGAUACUUCUAAGUUUCCUUAUUCAUUCCCGGCGGGUCGUCGUUCGGCGAUUCGGAUUGCUCGUAUUGUUAAAGAUACUUUUGAUUUGGUUAAAAAUGUGAACUUGAAUGAUACCCGUUGGUUUGUUUUUGGGGAUGAUGAUACUGUUUUCUUUACGGAUAAUUUGGUUAGAGUUUUGUCGAAAUAUGAUUGUGAGAAGUGGUAUUAUGUUGGGUAUAAUUCGGAGAGUUUUGAGCAAAAUGAGAAGUAUUCAUUUGAUAUGGCAUUUGGAGGGGGUGGGUUUGCACUUAGUGCUCCAUUGGCUAAGGUUUUAGCUAGGGUUUUGGAUUCUUGUUUGAUUAGGUACCCUCAUUUGUAUGGAAGUGAUUCCAGGAUUUUUUCUUGUGUAGCUGAGCUCGGAGUACAUUUAACUCAUGAACCUGGAUUCCACCAGGUUGAUGUCCGAGGAAAUCUGUUUGGUAUCCUUGCUGCACAUCCAUUAUCACCUUUGUUAUCACUUCAUCACUUGGACGUCGUGGAGCCACUUUUUCCUGGCAUGACUAGGAUUCAAGCAGUGGACCAUCUCUUCCAAGCUGUCCAUGCUGAUCCAGCUAGGAUUUUGGAACAAACUGUGUGCUAUGACAAGUCCAAUUUACUGACCGUUUCAGUUGCAUGGGGUUAUGCCGUUCAGGUGUUUGAAGGGAAUCAACUUCUUCCAGAUCUUCUCUCGCUGCAGCGAACAUUUACACCAUGGAAAAGGGGUAAAAAUGUUUCCGCAAGCUAUAUGCUCAACACUAGAGUCAAUCCUAGUGAUCCAUGCAAAAAACCUGAUGUGUUCUUCUUGAAAAAGGUGCUUUCUAGUAUAGAUGGCAUAUGGACUGAGUAUACAAGACACAGUGUUGGGAAUUGUGUUAGAAGAAAUCCUACAAAAAAGUUGGUAAAUAUAAGGGUCUUCUCGCAGAAGUUAGACUUCGAUGUUGAACAGUUGAAGGCACCUCGCCGACCAUGCUGUGACAUUUCAGCACCUAUCAAUGAGACGAUGAUAGUUGGUAUUAGACAAUGUGGGCAUGAUGAGUUGAUCUCAAUGCAGACUUAAAUGAUACUUAAAAUUGCUCGACAAACGGCCUGUCAAUCCAUGGUUUGGACGAGCGGAGGGUUAUGCAGUCUCUUGAUAGAACUCUCUCUUCCGAUUUCUGAAUUUUAUAAGAAGAAUGUUGGCUGGCGUUGAAACUUGAAGUUAGUAACUCAUAUCGUCUGGGCUCUCUUGCUACCACGGUAGCACCUAGUGUGGUCAACACCAAUCGCGUUAGGGCAACAAAGCUUACACUCAUUCACAUUGGUUCAUCCUGCUAUGCCCGAGGCCUCUUGCUCUUCUUAAGAUAAAGGUGGCUGGCCAUUGUCAAAACCCAGGAAUCCUAGUCCUAUCAAAUCCAAGAAAUAUGGGCUUGCCUGUCAUCCAUAUCCAUGUUGUCUUUAAAGAAACAUGACAUCAUUAGUGUGUGAUAAAUAUUAAUGCAUCUCAAACAUCUAUUUCAGGGAGAAGAAAGACUCUCCGAAUCUGUUAAAAUAAAUUUCUCCUAGAGAAAUGAUAACUACCAGAGGCACAGAAAGGAUACAUGGAACUUCAAUGUGUUUGAGAGAGACGUAAACACAUGACAUUAGUUCCAACUUUCUAUGAAACUUUGGCCGUGUUUGAUUUCUCUCUGUCAAAUUAUUAGUUGCAAGAUCCAUCAA